AUGGACCACAACCCUCAAGAUGACGCCGACCGUAUACGCCUCAAGCGGUUAGCGAAGCUGCAGUCUGCACCCCCAACGCCCGCGGCGUCGUCUUCCUCGACCCCUGCUCGCGCCAAUACCCCUCCUCCGAAGCCUAAGGUGGUGCAGCCCGCACCCCAGAGAAGACCUACGGAGCUGCUUGUCGCGCCUUCGUAUCUGCCACCUAAGAAGAAGAGCCCUGCUACCCCGGCGCACCUCGAUUUACCCACCUGGGAGAAUGAAGCAGUUGGAUACGUCUUCAAUGUUACUCUCAGCGAAGAUGUGGCGGAGAAGAGUAGCUGGGAGAUUGUUUGGCUUAAACACCUCGCCAUUGAGCUUGAAUCAGAAGACCCAAACCUACCCAAGCCCAUCUCUCUAAGCGGCGACAUUGCAGAUCGUCUGUUGAUCUCUCGCCUCGAGCUAGACCCUCAGGGAAUGUCAGAUGACCUUGGAUAUCUCUCCGUUAUUGCCUCAUUGCCUCCGCAACAGACGGUGUUUGAGUAUCUCGUUGGCUGCUGGAAACGACUGAACACCACGAGGAGUGCGUUGCUCAAGAAAAGCUACCCGCCAGUAGAGAGACAGAAGGCACUGAACGUCCUAGAGAAACUGCGGGAUUUAGUAAUUAGCUAUGCCGGCCUGACGUUGCAAGAACCAGAGAUGUUCCCUCAGCCCACUAAUCGAGCAAUCGGUCCGCCUGAGUUAGUCGCUCCAUUACUUUCUCUGUCUUCUUUGUCAGCUCCUCUGCUGUCCCACACGACGUCGUCGUCCGUGACACUUGGACCCUCUGACAUCGAGCAGUUCCUGCAAGACCUUGCUAAAAGGUUCGAGCCGGACAACGAAAUUGAUGGCGUUCUCGGACCGGUCGUGUCCCAGCUAUGUUUCCAUGAGUCGCUCUUUCGACCUGAAGGCCUUGCUGGCGGCGAUGCAAGCUGGCGCGGGGUGAUCAGUGGAUUGGAGGCGCUGGUCAGCAUCAAGAGCGUGGCAUUAAUGAUUACUCGGUUGCCCCAAUGGAAUCCUGUACAAGCUACCGCUCCCAUCUUUGAACGAGUAAGUUUCUUGGGGCCUCUUUUACGGUUGGGAGUGUUUGAGAGAGAAUGGCCCACCAUCGCGAACACGUAUUACUCGAAGCCAAAAGACCGCUCUCCAACUGACAUAGAGUCAGCGACGGCAAGUCUCCGAGGGACACUCAAGAGUUUGCAGUCAUCUUUGUUCCAAAUUUUCAACAACCUGGUCCGUGCUUCGCCGGAGUCUCGUGAAGCGGUCCUUCAGUAUUUUGCUCGUGUUAUCUCUUUGAACGUGAAGCGAGCGGGAAUGCAGGUCGAACCGGAGACGGUUGCUUCAGAUUGCUUCAUGGUCAACUUACAGUCGAUCAUGUUCCGCUUUUGCGAACCGUUCAUGGAUGCAAACUAUACGAAGAUGGACCGGAUUGACUCUGCGUACUACGCACAUUCGGUUCGUGUUGACGUCAAGGAAGAGACACGUAUCAACGCAACAAGCGAUGAAGCAGAGAAAUGGCGUCAAAGCAAUGAAGCACCGGCCAUACCGCCCAACUUUAUUUCGGACAUAUUCUAUCUCACGCUCGCGAUGAACCAUUAUGGCUACCAAAAGACUGUUUCGACAUUCGAUGAUUUGGCGAAGCAGUACGACGAGAUCAAUAGACAUUUGGAGAUGCUCGAAGGAGAUGGUUCAUGGAGGGGCACGCCGUUCCAAGCUCGCACUGAAGCGGCUAUCAAUGCAGUGAAGGUUGAGCAAGACAAAAUUCUUACCCAGCAGCUUGCAUAUCAGGCCCAGCUGGCAGAUCCGGAACUCGUGUUCCGAUCAGUCAGCUUUACCAAUUUUGUUUCCACUUAUUUGAUCCACCAAGUUGACCGCAAGCAUCUGCAUCCGAACCCUCUUGUGGAAUUACCGUUGCCGAAGGAAGUUCCAGUUUCAUUCAGGAUCUUGCCGGAAUACCUGGUGGAAGAUGUGAUUGAUUAUUAUCUUUAUGUCGUCCGCCAAAGUCCGGACAGCCUCGAGUUGUCGGGCAAGAAUGAGAUACUCAUAUGGUCAUUGACAUUCUUGACGUCUACCUGGUAUAUCAAGAAUCCCUUCUUGAAGGCGAAGAUCAUUGAGGUCUUGUUCUAUGCAUCGCUUAGUUGGAGUGGGCGUCGUAGUAUCCUCGACGCAACCCUGAACUCUCACCCCAUGGCCUUGAGAUACUUGAUACCUGCAUUGAUACAUUUCUACAUCGAAGUGGAGCAAACUGGAGCAAGCUCCCAAUUCUACGACAAAUUUAACUCUCGCCGCAGCAUUGCGUAUCUGUUCAGAAUUAUUUGGAAUAACCCAGUACAUCGUGAGGCACUCAUGAACGAGACGAAAAACAAUAUGGAGCAAUUUAUUCGCUUCGUAAAUCUCAUGAUCAACGACGUGACCUACCUGUUGGACGAGUCGUUGAGUGAAUUGGCCAAGAUUCAUGAAAUUCAGACAGAGAUGGAAGACGCUGCUACUUUCGCCUCAAAGCCGCAGCAGUAUCGCAGGGAGCGAGAGCAGGCCUUGCGGGGACUCGAGCGUCAAGCUUCGGGCUAUGUCCAACUCGGUAAUUCAACAGUUGGUUUGCUAAAGACUUUUACCGGAGAAACCAAAGCGCCUUUUAUGGUUCCGGAGAUUGUAGACCGCCUUGCUGCCAUGCUGGACUACAACCUGGACGCUUUGGCUGGCCCCAGAUGCCAGGAUCUAAUAGUGAAGAACCCGGACAAAUACAAGUUUAACCCAAAGCAGCUUUUGAGCGAUAUCCUGCAAGUCUUCUUGAACCUGAGCGAUCAAGGAGAGUUCGUCAGGGCCGUUGCUGGGGAUGGCCGUAGCUAUCGGAAGGAGCUCUUUGAGCGUGCAGCCGGGAUUGCGAAGAAGAGAGUGUUGAAGAGUGAUACGGAGAUCGAGAAAUUACUGCUGUUCGUUCUGAAGGUCGAGGAGACGAAGGCAACGCUGGAAGCGGAGGAAGAUCUGGGUGAAAUUCCCGAUGAAUUCCUCGAUCCGCUGAUGUACACUCUUAUGCGCGAUCCGGUGACUUUGCCGUCCUCGAGAGUGGUUGUCGACCGCGCUACAAUCAAAUCACACUUGUUGUCUGAUUCGAAGGACCCCUUCAACCGGGUGCCUCUCCUUCUCGAGGACGUGGUACCGAACGUCGAGCUGAAGCAACGCAUAGAGGCAUUUUUGGCUGAGAGGCUGAACAAGAACACUGCAUUUGACAAGCCGGCGGAAGAAAUUGUUAAAAUGGAUGUGUCGGACUCCUAG